AUGGUUUGGGAGAACGGCUGCACUGUGAUCGUGAUGAUGAGCGCUCUGGUGGAGGAUGGAGAGAAACAGUGUGACCGCUACUGGCCUGACGAAGGCUCGUCCCUCUACCACAUCUAUGAGGUGAACCUGGUCUCAGAGCACAUCUGGUGCAACGACUUCCUGGUGCGAAGCUUCUACCUGAAGAACGUGCAGACGCAGGAGACCAGGACGCUCACUCAGUUCCACUUCCUCAGCUGGCCGGCUCAGGGCAUCCCCACCUCCACGCGCCCCCUGCUGGACUUCCGCAGGAAGGUGAAUAAGUGCUACAGAGGACGGUCCUGCCCCAUCAUCGUGCACUGCAGUGACGGGACGGGCCGGACUGGGACUUACAUCCUCAUCGACAUGGUUCUCAACCGUAUGGCUAAAGGUGUGAAAGAGAUUGACAUCGCUGCGACGCUGGAGCACGUCCGAGACCAGAGGCCCGGGAUGGUCCGCACCAAGGACCAGUUUGAGUUCGCCCUGACCGCCGUCGCCGAGGAGGUCAACGCCAUCCUCAAAGCUCUGCCCCAGUGAAACCAGUACGACCCGGAGCGGCCUCCUGUCUGACGGACUUCCCCCUCCCUCCUCACGCCUGUCUUACCUUUUGCCUUUUUUCUCUCUCUUUGAUGAUGAUGAUGAUGAUGAAGAAUGACGCUGUGCUUCUCGGCUGAGUCCUUAAAACAUAAAAGACGUCACAGAAUUAAAAAACAACAGACGACUGUAAGGUCAGGCUGGGUCUGAUGUUUAAGUGUUUGUGCCACAGGUGUGAUGCGUUCAGGGACGUUCAGACGGUACAAAGUGUUGCAUUCACAGCUCAUCUGAUUUAGAAUUAAACCAGAAAGGUUUGCAAUUUAUAUGGAGGCUGAUUUUGUCAAUACUGAUAGUCCGUGUGUUAAUAUGUAUCUGUAAAUAAAAAAAAGAUUUGUAAAGUCACAAAAAUAUUUUACAGACAUGAAACCGAGCUGCAAAUACACAAAUAUGGAGGUCGAUCUGUGCCAGUGUUGUUUGUGUGAGGAGAUGCAAAUACACAAACAAACAAACAAAAAUCUGAGUGUCAGUAAAAUGCAAAUCUGCAAGCGUAGAAUUAAGAUUCACAAAUAUCUGUCGGAAUGUUCAAAACAUUAGAAAGAUAUUUCUGAAUUUUAUUAAAAAAAAUUUUUUUAGAAAAUUUCAUUUGUUUGGUCAUUACUUUAAUGUAGUCACAGAUUUUUUUAAAGAAAUUUUAACUGAUGAAUUUGUGUAUUUGCAGAUUGGUUUUUAAUUUGCAAACUAUUUUUUCUUUUUUAAAUAUUGUUUUAUCUUUUUUUCACAGUGUAUUCACAGAUUUUUAUGUUGUGCAAUUUGCAGAUUUUUUUUCAUUAUUAUUAUUUUAUUUUUUGCGGCUCUUUCAUAUUUGCAACUUUUUUUUUCUCCAAUAGUUAUUGUUUUUUUGGUAAUGUAUGAACAGAUUUUUUAUUUUAUUUCAUUUUUAUUUUAUUCUAUUUUUUCCCCAAACUUUUUGCAGAUCAGUUUCAAAUUUGCAAAUUACACAAUUCCACGUUUUACGUAUUUUUCUGUUUUAUUUUAUUUUAUUUAAGCAGAAUUUGUGUAUUUGCAGAUCUAAUAUAUAUUUGAAAAAUAUUCUUCUUUUCUCCAAUAUUAUCAUCUCUUUUUUUUUGGUAAUGGCAGAUUUUUUUUUUUUUUUUUUUGCAGAAUUUGUGUAUUUGCAGGCUGGUUUUAUAUUUCCUUAAAUAUUUUGUCAAUUUACAAAUAUUGUUUUACAUUUGCAGAUUACACAUCUCCACAUGGAUUGUUGUUGUGUUUGCACGAAUAAUAUUGACACUAAUCUACCUCCGUAACAUCCAAACUAAUUUGUGAACUUUAAACUUUGUGACUACAGGACAUACAAAUAAAGUUACGCCACUAUAAAUAAAAGAUAUUCAGUGGAGUUGCAGAUGAACAGAGAGACUGCAGAGGGUUUAUUUUAAUUCAUAUAUUAAACUGUUGCCCUGAACGCAUCCUCUGAAGCGUCUUUAAACAUCAGAUCUGAAGCUCUGAUUUAAACUGAAGCAAAAACUUUAUUUUUAUUUCACGUGGUGAAGUUUGUUGAGCUCGUGCUGCUGAAUUAUUUUAAAAAGUGUAUUUGAAAGCACCACAAGGCUCCAAGAAGCUUCACUGAUCAGAGCAGAUGUGAAGAAGAUGAUGACCCCUGAUGAUGAUGAAGAUGAGUUGUGGAUGUUUGCCUGCUCGGUCUGUAGCUCCCCCUCCUCUCCUCACACACAACAUACCAACAUGGCGUCCUCCUCUCUGUGUGUGCCAUCAGAUCACUGGAUGUAUCGUUGUUUACCUCAUGCAAGUCAGAAAAAGAAAUAAAAAAAAGAAACGCUGAUAUCAAGAAAAGCUAUUUUGUAUCUGUGAGACCUAAAUAAAUCUUUUCGUGUUCAA